AUGUCUGGCACUGCAUUAAUGUACAUGCUGGCAAAUAUGUUUUUAACGCAACUGUUCUAUGUUGUUGGUGUCGGAGGAGUUCAGGAAGAUAAUCUCUGUCUGUGCUUGGCGUUUGGAAUACACUAUCUCCGUCUGGCCAUCAUCAGCUGGCUGUGUGUGAUGACGUACGAUAUGUUGAUAACGUUCCGCAAUAAUGUGAAUCUCAACCCCCGACCGGAGCCGGUAAAUUUGCUCAUUUCAAGAUUCGUCAAAUAUAGUUUGUUCGCUUGGGGCGUACCCUCGCUGUCGGUGAUAGCAGCUAGCGUGAUGAGAGUGACCGUGAACCACCAAACCAUCGACAACCUCAACCCGUACAACUGUUGGUUUUUCGAGAAGACCAUCUACAACGUGACGUUCGCCGUACCGGCGCUGUGCUGUUUCGCGGCCAUCGUCGACUCGCUGGUCCGCAGCUGGCUGACCGCCCGGGCCACUGUCGGGCUGCAGGUAGACAAGAAGACCCGGCUGAAGAUGCACCGGAAGCGCACGCUGCAGCUGCACCUGUACGUGAAGAUCGCAACGCUGCUGUUCGCGGUGAACGUGUUCGGUUACGUGGCCAGGAACGGGUCACCGGCAUCCGACCCGGUGGCGUGGAUCGCGUACAACGUGGGCCACUCGCUGCAGGGCAUACUGGUCGCGCUGGCCGUCACGUGCAACUGUCAGGUGCUGAAGAUCUACACGCGAUCGUUCGCCCGGCGGCGGCGCCGGCGACCCCGCAACGGCAGCGCGACCGCGCUGUUCGACAAACGCGACAACGACAUCAGCGACACGACGUACCUGCAGAACCUCACGUGGGACCCCGUCCCGCUGCCCGUCUAG